CAUGGCACACGAAUUGGAUAUAAUUGGGCUUCUUUUUUUGGAUUCAUUUUGUUUGAUGUGUUUGACCCAUUAAGACUGAGACAUGAACCGUAAAUCCUUUCUUCAUCGUUUUUUUAAAAAGAGUUGGCGAAGGAGGAGAGGAGGAUCAAAGGAAUGAAAGACCAGCCGUCUCCGGCUAUCUCUUCAUCUCCCACUCACUAUCUCUCUAUAUCCCCCUUCUCUUUGUUAAAAUUCAGCUCUUUGUCAUGCUCUAUCUAUGGAUCUCCUCUCUUCACUCUUUACAUAAAAAUUUCACGGGGUUCACGAAAUCUGAGAUUAUCUUCCCUAAAAUCUUCUAUCCAUCUGCCCUUGGUGCAACUUCCACCCAACCUGAUGCUCACCACGCCACUAUUGAUGAUCUCCUCCUUGGCUGGGCCUCUUAAUUAGGAUCUCUUAGAUGAUCUGAUCAUUGUUGAGGCAAAUCUUAGUGAUAAUUAGAAUGGCUAUUAGUUACAGAAAGUGAUACAAACAUCAUCUUUCUGUAAGAUAAUAUGAAAUUAUGUGACUAUUUUCGGUUGAAAUCUGAGUAAGGAUGGUAUGUUUUUGAGUAAAACUACAUUUAAAUGGCGAAUUGGAGAUCUAACUUACUUGUCAUGGAACAGAAUACGCGGAGGAGGUCGGUGGACAAAGGCUCUGUAUUUCAUCUGCAUUAGGACUCAGGAGGCUGGUGAUGAUGCUGAGGCUAUGGAGGAGGAUGAGAUGGUUGUGAAUGAGCCUGAGGUUGAGAAGAAACGAGAACAGAAGCCUGGACCAGCGCCAGAGUAUGAUGAGUGCGAUGUGAGAUGCCUAAUGAAAGCUGCUCCACCUAAAGAAGAGCCUCAAGCUUACAUUGAUUGCAGGGGGAAUCUGCAAAUUUGGCGUGUGAAUGGUCAGGAAAAGAUUCUUCUUCAAGCUGCUGAUCAUUCGAAGUUCUACAGAGGAGAUUGCUAUGUUUUCCAGUAUUCUUAUCCCGAAGAAGAGAAAGAAGAAAUUCUUACAGGAACUUGGUUCGGCAAGCAAAGUGUGGAGGAAGAAAGAGCUUCUGCAGUCUCUAUGGCGAGUAAAAUGGCUGAGUCAAUGAAAUUUGUGCCAGCCCAAGCUCGCAUCUAUGAAGGAAAAGAACCUCUUCAGUUCUUUGUGAUUAUGCAAAGCUUUAUAGUUUUCAAGGAACCAUUCAAUAGUGAUAACCAUUUGAUUAACAUCAGCAUGUUGCUUCAUCAUUGA